AUGCUGGGGCGUCAGGAUUAUGCCAGUUGCAGCUACAGCUCAACGAAGCAGCAGCCCCAGAGUUCAAAGUCGAGCGCAGUAGCUGCUAUUGUUACUACUGCCGGUGUGAGCAAAGACCGCAAACCCAACAAGCAGCACGUCUAUGCGCCAAACACACACAAGGUCAGUCAAGUUGAGCCCGAAGAGCCGCUGGAGAGUGAAAACGAUGACAAUGAUGAGGAUGUGGCCAAUGAGGAGUAUGAAGAGCAAGAUAAUGGACUCACUGAGAAGACAUUCAAAUUUGAUGAUUUCGCUCGCAGAUUGCUGCAUCCGAAAAUUGUGCGAGCCUGCACCUUGGUGCUGACAGACUGGACGCAGAUACCGACGAAAGCGCUAAAAGCCGCUGUUACCAUUCUGCAUCGCAUUGCCUAUGGCUGCUCCUGUCCCGGCAUGCUCUAUCAGGCCAAGCUGUUUCGCAUCUUUCAACAAGUCUUCAGUGUGGAACGUGAUGUACACCAGGAGGAGCUGCGUCGCUUGGGCAUCUUUGUGCUGCGCAAAUUUGUCGAAGUGGCACCAACUAAUCCAAAAAUCUAUGCAGAGUUAUUAUUCUACAAAGGCAUACGAGAGGCCAACGAGCUGGAGACCGGCUAUUGUGAUGCCUAUGAAGCCGGCACCAAGGGCGUCUGGACGGAGGCGCAGGAAACAGAGCUGCGCUUUCUAUUCGAGGAGAAUCAACGCAACCCCUCAACGGAUACGGAUGUGAUUGAUUGGAUACUGGAGAAUAUUGUGGACAAGACGCGCACACGACGCGGCGUGCUGAAAAAACUGCAGGAUAUGGGCCUACAGUUUAAGGCGCCGACCAAGCGCUCCACCAAGGCCGCCCAGGCGGGCAAAAAUCUGUGGCCGCCCGAGGAGGAUGAGCAGCUAAGCAGCUUAUACGAUCAGCAUCGCUUGGAGCCGGAUUGCCUACAGCGCAUUGUACAGGAGUUCGAGGAGCGUCGCAACAAGCAGCAAAUCAUCAAACGCAUGUUGCAGUUGCACUUGAUAGCAGACAAAUCCGAGAUACUGCCAGCCAAACCCAAACGCAAGUCCCAAAAGCAGCAGCAGCAGCAGCAGCAAAACGAAAGUGAUGAUGAUAAUGCUGAGCAGGACGAUGAAGAGGAUGAGGAUAAUGAUGAAGAGUUUAUGCAGCAGCCCAGAGCUGCUGGCUCUGGGGCAACGAAAAAGUCAAAGCCGAGACAAGUGGUGCGUACGCCGCUGGAUGUGGGCACAGUUCGUGCGCUGAUUGGUCAGCUGGAUGGCGAGCAGUAUCAAGGAGCCUUUGAAUGGCUGCGUGAGUGCUUGGACGAUGCCAGCGAGGACACCGAGGAGGCAGCUGCCGAUGACGAUGGUGUGCCAUUGUUGCCGCUGCUUGAGAUACAAAAGGCAGCCAUGGAGCAGGCUGAUUUUCACAAGGUGCUGCUGGCGCUGGGACUGCAGCCGCCCAUAGCAGGCAUGGAGAACUAUUGGCGCAUACCCACUUAUCUAAAUGCUGCAGAUUUGAAGAUGCGCGCCAAGAUUGUGUCAGGCGAGGAGGUUGAGGAGCCAGAUGCAGCGAGUGAAGCUGAUGAGCUGCAGUCUGAGGAGGAGGAAGAUUUUCUGGAGAAGCACAGCAGACAGCGUCAACAGGCGAUGAAUGAGAGCAUUGCAGCUGAGCAGCAACGCAAACUGGACACACUCAUGUUUAGCAAGAGCGAUGAGGAGUCGGAGCAGCGUGCAGCGCCGCCGCCGCCAGUCAAAGCAAAGCGUCAACGCAAAAAGAAAGCAAAGUCAAAGCAGACAAUGGCUGAGCUGUCUGAGGAGGAGGAGGAGCAGGAGGAAGUGAAUGAAAUAGCGCGCAAAUUGGCGCGCAAAAAACGAAAAGCAGCUGUGUCAAGUGAGGAGGAAGCGGACGUAGAGCCGCCUAGCAAGCCCAAUACGGAUGAUUUAUUUGAACAAUUGAAAGCUAAGCGAGCCACUAAAAUCAAAUCGAACGCGCCAGCCAAGCAGCCGACAGUCGAUGAAGCUACAGCUGAAGCUGAAGCUGAAGAUGCAUACAACUUUAACUCGGAGGACUAUCGCGCGCGCCUACAAGAACUGGAGGAUGAAGAGGAACAGCAGCAACAAGAGCUUGACAAAGAGAAUGUCACAAUCAAGUCGCAGCGCACACGUCGUGCUAAUGUAAUUGACUCGGAUAGCGACGAGGACGACGCGGAGGAUGUGAAUGUUGCCAAGGCAGGCAAACGCCCACGCCCACGCAGUGACAGCGAACAGGAUACGCAGGCAAACUCACUGGCGGCUGAGCUGGAGCUCGACAGCGAUGAAGAUGUCAACUUUCUGGCGCGUAAAAAGCAAAGUAACAAGGAAACCAACAACAAGCGUCGACGUGUGGCCGUUAUCGAUGAUGAUGAUGAUGACGAUGAUUUUUAGUUUCGCAACACGUAUAUAUAAGAUAU